AAAAAAAAUCUACGCUUACACAUAAAAACUAAUAAAUUUAUUUCAUGUUUUUCCUCAUUUGGAAAAAAUUAUAAACACUAAAUCUAGUCUAGCAGUUUCAACUCUCGAGUGUGUUUUUAUUGAUAGAUAAAGAGAAGAAAGAAAACAAAAAUGAUGGAAAUUCAAAUACCUAUUAAUGGUAAUGAUGGUAAUAAAAGAAGUAGUUCUACUACCGCUUCUGACCCGAAUUCGGACCCAGCGAAAACGCCCAAGCGAGCCCGUGACUUGGGCGGGAAACAUCCUGUGUAUCGCGGGGUCCGAAUGCGGACUUGGGGCAAAUGGGUGUCCGAAAUCCGCGAACCAAGAAAAAAGUCCCGCAUUUGGUUAGGGACUUUUCCUAACCCGGAAAUGGCAGCCCGAGCCCACGACGUAGCUGCUCUUAGUAUAAAGGGUGAUUCAGCCAUCCUUAACUUCCCCGAACUCGCGGGUUUGUUACCCAGGCCCGUCUCGAAAAGCCCGCGCGAUGUACAGGCUGCUGCUGCAAAGGCAGCUGCUAUGGAGAAUAUUCACAACAAUAUAACUCCGUCAUCAUCUGGGUCGUUGUCGUUGUCGUCGUCGUCAUCAUCUUCAUCUGCUUUGUUGUCCUCGUGUUCCUCUCUCUCAUUAAUGGUGUCUGCAAUGGAGAUAGAGAACUCGGACGAGUUGAGUGAGAUCGUCAAAUUACCGAGUCUCGGACCGGUAGGGAACUCGGCCGAGUUGACAGGGAACGAGUUUGUAUAUCAAUAUGAGUUUGAUAAUGGUUGGAUUUAUCAUCACACACCUUGGAUGCAGUGUAUGGAGGAUUUUGAAGUGGUGCCUGAAAAUGUAAUUUCCACUGGUUUUGAAGGUUUGUGGGAUUAUAUGUGAGUUGCUAGUUUCUUUUUAUAUAUUAUUAUGUUUUUAGAGUGAAUUUCUGAUGAAAUGUGUGUGUAAAUAAUUUAGUCU